CUACAACUUUGAAAGUUUGAUUUGUUUCUGAAAAAUACUACUUUUUGCAGGGUUUUACAUUGUGUGUUAUGGAAUCGCAAAGUUUCGAUUUUUACUCUGUUUGACGUCGUUGAUGAUUGUUUAGUUUUGAUUUUUUCUUCCAUGGCAGCCAUAGCAGUGGCUGGAGAUUCUCUGGACAAUGAUAGAGAAGUCUUGCUAAGUCUGAAAUCGUACCUCGAAUCGCGGAACCCACAGAACCGAGGAAUGUACUCAGAAUGGAAAAUGGAGAACCAAGAUGUGUGUCAAUGGUCUGGAAUCAAAUGCACACGUCAGGGAAGUAGAGUCACGGGGAUAAAUCUAAGUGAUUCCACCAUUGCUGGUCCUCUGUUCAGGAACUUCUCCGCCUUAACUGAGCUCACGUAUCUCGAUUUAUCAAGGAACACGAUCGAAGGGGAGAUUCCAGAUGACCUGAGCCGUUGUCACAACUUAAGGCAUCUGAAUCUUUCUCAUAAUAUUCUUGAAGGAAAGCUUAGCUUAUCCGGGUUGUCAAAUCUUGAGGUUCUUGAUCUGUCGUUGAAUAGGAUUGCGGGUGGUAUUCAGUCUAGCUUCCCAUUGUUUUGCAACAGCUUGAUUGUUGCAAAUCUGUCGACCAACAACUUUACUGGAAGAAUCGAUGACAUCUUCAACGGGUGUAGGAAUCUCAAGUAUGUUGACUUCAGUACCAAUGGAUUCAGUGGAGAAGUGUGGGCUGGUUUUGGGAGGCUGGUCGAGUUUUCAGUUUCUGAUAAUCAUCUCUCCGGGAAUAUAUCUGCUUCAAUGUUCAGGGGAAACUGCACUUUGCAAAUGUUGGAUUUGUCUGGGAACGAUUUUGGUGGGGAAUUUCCAGGCCAAGUUUCGAAUUGCCAUAAUCUAAGUGUAUUGAAUCUGUGGGGAAACAACUUCAUAGGGAACAUUCCAGCUGAGAUAGGUUCCAUAUCCUCUCUCAGAGGUUUGUACUUGGGGAAUAAUACAUUUUCUCGAGACAUACCUGAAACUCUCCUGAACUUGAGCAACUUGGUGUUUCUGGAUUUGAGCAGAAACAAUUUUGGUGGAGACAUUCAAGAAAUAUUUGGGAGAUUCACUCAAGUAAAGUAUCUAGUCCUGCAUGCGAACUCUUACGUAGGAGGCAUCAAUUCUUCCAACAUCCUCAAGUUACCUAAUCUUUUAAGGCUAGAUUUGGGCUACAACAACUUCUCGGGACAGUUACCUGCUGAAAUUUCCCAGAUCCAGAGUUUGAAGUUCUUGAUUCUUGCUUAUAAUAACUUUAGUGGCGAUAUACCACAGGAGUAUGGGAACAUGCCGGGGCUUCAAGCACUUGAUCUCUCCUUUAACAGGCUGACCGGUUCGAUACCAGCUUCAUUUGGGAAAUUGACCUCUCUUUUGUGGCUAAUGCUUGCAAAUAACUCUCUAUCAGGGGAUAUCCCUCGAGAGAUUGGCAACUGCACGAGCCUUUUGUGGUUUAACGUGGCAAACAACCAGCUCUCUGGUAGAUUCCAUCCUGAAUUGACUAGAAUGGGUAGUGAUCCUUCUCCAACAUUUGAAGUGAAUAGGCAGAACAACGACAAGAUAAUUGCUGGUUCCGGUGAAUGCUUGGCGAUGAAGAGAUGGAUUCCAGCAGAGUUCCCUCCGUUCAACUUUGUAUACGCAAUUCUUACCAAAAAGAGUUGCAGAAGCCUAUGGGACCAUGUUCUCAAAGGGUACGGUCUAUUUCCUGUCUGCUCUGCUGGUUCCACGGUACGCACGCUUAAAAUUUCAGCCUAUCUUCAGCUCAGUGGGAAUAAGUUUUCAGGUGAGAUUCCUGCAAACAUCUCUCAGAUGGACAGGCUGAGCACACUACAUUUGGGUUUCAAUGAGUUUGAGGGGAAACUGCCUCCAGAGAUAGGACGAUUGCCUCUUGCAUUCCUCAACCUUACCCGAAACAAUUUCUCAGGCCAGAUUCCUCAAGAAAUCGGAAAUCUGAAGUGCCUGCAGAAUCUUGAUCUGUCUUACAACAAUUUCUCAGGCAACUUUCCGACGAGUUUGAAUGACUUGAAUGAGCUGAGUAAGUUCAACAUCUCAUAUAACCCUUUCAUUUCUGGCGCGAUACCAACAACGGGACAAGUGGUAACCUUUGACAAAGACUCCUUUCUUGGAAAUCCGCUGCUGCGGUUUCCUAGUUUCUUCAACCAAUCAGGGAACAACACGAGGAAGAUUUCCAACCAAGUCCUAGGAAACAGGCCAAGAACUCUUCUUUUGAUUUGGAUUUCCUCGGCUCUUGCAUUGGCGUUUAUCGCAUGUUUAGUGGUAUCAGGUAUUGUACUUAUGGUUGUUAAGGCUUCAAGGGAAGCGGAAAUCGAUCUCUUAGAUGGGUCGAAAACCAGACAUGACAUGACUUCCAGUUCAGGCGGAUCAUCGCCAUGGCUAUCAGGAAAAAUCAAGGUCAUUCGCUUAGACAAAUCAACUUUCACAUACGCUGACAUUCUGAAAGCAACCAGUAACUUCUCUGAGGAGAGAGUGGUAGGUAGGGGAGGAUAUGGAACUGUUUACAGAGGUGUAUUGCCUGAUGGAAGAGAAGUUGCAGUCAAGAAGCUGCAGAGGGAAGGCACAGAAGCAGAAAAAGAGUUCAGAGCCGAAAUGGAAGUUCUUAGUGCCAACGCAUUUGGUGAUUGGGCACAUCCGAACCUCGUGAGGCUGUAUGGGUGGUGCCUAGAUGGGUCAGAGAAAAUCUUGGUGCACGAAUACAUGGGAGGCGGGAGCUUAGAGGAGCUCAUCACAGACAAAACAAAACUUCCAUGGAAGAAACGUAUUGAUAUAGCCACAGAUGUAGCACGGGGAUUAGUGUUUUUACACCAUGAAUGCUACCCUUCCAUCGUUCACAGAGAUGUGAAAGCAAGCAACGUUCUUUUGGAUAGACACGGGAAUGCAAGAGUGACAGAUUUUGGAUUAGCAAGACUCUUAAAUGUAGGAGAUAGCCAUGUGAGCACGGUGAUUGCAGGCACAAUCGGGUAUGUAGCUCCCGAGUAUGGACAAACUUGGCAAGCCACCACAAGAGGAGAUGUUUACAGCUACGGAGUACUGACCAUGGAACUUGCGACGGGUAGAAGAGCUGUUGAUGGAGGAGAAGAGUGUUUGGUGGAAUGGGUUAGACGUGUAAUGACAGAUAACAUGACGGCCAAAGGUUCGCCAUUUACCCUGUCAGGGACCAAACCAGGGAACGGAGCUGAGCAAUUGACUGAGCUACUAAAGAUUGGUGUGAAGUGUACAGCUGAUCAUCCUCAGGCAAGACCAAACAUGAAAGAGGUUCUAGCUAUGUUGGUUAAGAUAUCCGGUAAAGCAGAGCUCUUCAACGGCUUAUCUUCACAAGGUUACAUAGAAAUGUAAAAAUCUUUCUUUUCUUCAUUCAGAUUUAUACAGAACAGCAGAGUUUUCUUCUUCACCAUUUUUCGUUUCAUUGUUUCUGAUUCUUCUUGUACACAGAAUCUCAUUGUUGUCAGACAGAUAGGGAUAGAGAAAGGUAGUUUUGUUCGCUAUGUACAGAGACACAAUUUGAAAUAAAGAUCUUCUCUUCUU